AUGCGCUGGUCGUAUUUCCUUUGUUUAAGUUUUGUAGUAGUAUUUUUGCUGCUUUUGCAAGAUCAAGCUCAAUCUUUUCCUACUUCAAUCGAGCAUUCCGAUCUCAUCAAAAGGGAAUCUUCUGAAUCGGAUGUCGUACUGGUCAAACGUGUCAUAAACAAAAUAAAGAAACUUUUUGGAGGCGGUACAAAAACUCCGCCGGCCCAUGUUCCCAAACCUGGUCAUUUCGAUCCUGCAUCUGCACAUGAGCCACCACCGUUGAGACAAGGAACAAAAUUACCAGAUGGCUAUAAAAUGCCAGAACAUAUGCAAAAUCCAAAAAAGAGUGAUGCAGUUUAUUUUGAUCCCAGUAAGAUGAUAGGCGCCGGCUCAAGUUCACCUAAGAAAGGGGGCAAAUGA